AUGAUCAGUGGUGUCCAAUUCGGACCAAAGCUCAGUUGUUUUGAUGUGUAUGGAAAAUCUUCGGACCAUCCCGUCAGAGUAGAAGCACCGCGCCGAAAAAAAGAAUCGUCUAAUCGUAGAGGAAAAUUCACCGUAUUCGACGACGAACCCGUUUGUAUAACGCCAACACAUCCCUUGGCACAGGCAAAGAAAGAAUUGUCAGAAUUGUGGACGAGAAAAGAUGAAGACCUUGACUGGAAUUCUAUGAUAAACAGCGAGUCGAUAAGUACUCACAGUAAGCAGCAGUACGAUGAGAAGAGGAGGUCGUUGGAUGAAAUGACGAGUAUGGAAUUUGCACAGGCUUGGAGUGUCGUCGCGGAUUCAGCUAAAGAUAAUACUUCUCGAAAGUCCACGGAAAUGUUGGACGAAUUUGAACAGGAAGUCCCGACAAGUAGCACAUUUACAUCGAGCCACAUUUCAACAGAUGUCGACGCAUAUCAACGCUCCUAUGCAGAUCUCAGUACUGUUCGAAGUACUACAGGACUUGAGGAUAGUCGCAUUUCAUUCGCGUUGCACGAUUUGACUGGGCCUGUACGAACGAAACGUAGAGAAAAAGAGCUAAUGAAAUAUAUGGGAGUGAAUAAUCUCGAUUUCAAUAUAGCCAAACGACAUGCGCCAAAAGAUAAUGAAGAAGUGAUGACCGGUGUUUUUCUGAACGGUGUGUUUCGAAGCAAAUCAAGAGAAGCCACUACCUCAGAGUCUGUAAUAGUGGAACGAAUGUUUCCUGACCCAGCUAGGAAUACAGAGAAAGAAAUCGCUGCAUAUACCAAUAACGAUAGCGGAACAAAACUGCAAUCGUCUGUUAUCGAAGCGAAAGACAUCACUUCCCUAAUAAGGCAGAUAUCACAAUCAAGAGCUGAUCUUAUGUGUACCGCUAUGGACGGUCAUGCUACGUUAGAAUCAGCUGAACGAAUGUUUCAACGUGCUAACGAUUGGUUCAGUCAUAUGCUGGAUGAGUUGGAGAAACGGAUUAAAAAUGAGCGAAAUCUGGAAAAACAGAAUAGGCGCCAUAUCGAAAAAAUGUUGCAUCCAGUUGUUCAAAAGCUUUGUGACCUUCAACUCGUCUAUGAAGCUCUGGAUUUUUUGGACAAGCGAACAAAAACAUGUGGAGAGACGGUCACACGUUCGAAAGACAACAUGCGUAAUGCUCGGAGAAUAAUAGCGAAGUUGAUGAGUUUGGACUCAAAACGCUCUCAACCCACUCUUGAGCCAGGAAACACUUACAAUUUGGCGUCAGAGACGUCCACUGCUUUCCACCAAAUGGAGCAAAGUCUUCUCGAGACAAGUCCAUUUACUGCUCGAUCCACAUUGGCCGCUAAAUUGAUCGAUACCGUGAUCACUCAAAUGAGAGGUAUACACAAAACGGUUAUUCAAGAGAUACCAAGACGUCUGCUUUCGGAAUACCUUGCACAUCUAGGACCUCCCACUGCAAAAACAUCUAAAGGUGCGCCUCCAAUGAUAUAUGACACAAGGAAGUUACUUUCCGCACCAAGACGAAGGAAAUAUUGUCCUUACAUAAAACUUGAUCCGUGGCCUACCGAGGGAAGUCGCAUAUCAGACACCGAUGUGACUAAUUCAAGUACGAUACUAAGCGCAAAGAUCUCUACAGUUUCGUUGUCGGAUUAUCACGAAUCCGCUAUGAGUAACACUCCAACUGAUUCCGGUUUAAGUCAUAAAGCCGACAUUUUUGUGGACUUUAAUGUCAAUAAAAACUUAUCUGAGGAUCAACCACCUAGUGCUGUUGGAACUCGUGGAUGUACAGCUUCAGAUACUUCCCUGUGCAAUUCAUUCGAAGAGGCUAAAAUAAUCCGAAAUCCUCUCAAAAGGAAUGAAAAUGCACCGAAAUCAACAGCUCCCGUCGUAGCAGCACCUCACAUUGCGACUGUUCCACAAAGUGCUGCAACAAUUGCUCAAAAACCUUCAAAAACUCCCGAUCCGAUUCGAUCAAGAAUCAGGAAGGAGGCAGACAGCAAAGUAUCGAAGAGAAAAAAAGGUGAAUAUCUGAAGAGCGCUGAGAAAUUGUGUGCCUUAAAUGAACUUCUGGACAAGAAACCGAAAGGGAUGUCUCCGCUGAACACUGCGCGAACACAAAUCUCAGAUCCACUCGACAUAUGA